CGCGUAGAGAACGCUCUAAUAAAGGGAUGGUCAAUUCUCUCACUCACUACGCAGAGUUAUGUCGGGGUUAGACAAGGAGGCUAGCCCUGAUCCACUGAAUGCCGAAAUUCAAGAUGGCGUCGACAAACCAUCGAAAACUGUCGCAUCAAUAACACCCGUUGUUCAACCCGAUAUCAACUCCCAUGGCGCUGUGGUUGUGGAAGAGGUAGUACCUCGGUACUCUAAUGGCACAGUAUUCUAUACCCGUACGAAGUCGGUGGCAGAUCCCUCUACGACAAUCAAUCCUUUUUCCGUUAACGAUAUUCAGAAUCAACUUGCGUCUACCCACUUUGACGGUCGCAGUUCGACGAGCGCACCGACGCUCAAUAUUUUUGGUGUACGCCAGGAACCGACGCAAGCGGAACGAGGCAUGCAUCCAGCAGCCGGUCCUCAACCAGAUAAUACACCGUUCCAGAGGCAAGUAUUUCUAAAUGCAGCACCAAAAGAUGCUAAAGGUUCAUUUCACAAGCUAAAGUAUGCAAAGGGGCCUUCACAAGGCUCGCAAGCACCAUCCCAGCUGCGAUGGUCUGCAAGUACAGCGUCUCAAAGUGUGCAUAUGGUUGACCGAAGUCACGUCAACGCGCUUUAUGCACAGGUUGCAGAAAUGAAUCAGGUCCAAGAACAGUCAGGUGCAGCGAAACCACAUAACUGGACCGAUCUUCUUGAAGUUGGCACUACGAACGGAUUUUUCUGUACCGUCUGUCAUCAAAUACAACGCAGGGGGCACGAAUGGGGCAGCAGAAAACGACAGGGACUUGAGCCCAUUGGUCCAUGCUCCAGACAGUUCAACCACAGCUUUAUACCGUUUUACAGGGGAUCUACUAUCAUGCGUGUCUGUCGUGACUGCGGCGAGACGCAAAGGUGGGGCAAGAAAUUCGGUACUAAUAGGUCUUCGGGCUAUGAACCAUUGGCUAAUGUAAUAUGCGGGAAGCCUGACGCUGAGUGUAUGGCGUACUAUUAUAAGAUUUUGGUCAACGCGAGCCUGUAUGUAUCACCUUUGACACCAGUGCUUCGACCGGAUAAUGUCGACGCUGUCCAUGCAGACAACAUGUGGCAUUCUAUUGCUGACAAACUUCAGCAAGAGCGGGACAAGGGUCUGGAUUUCCAGAAGGAGUUCCCUUUAUUUGCGGACGUAGAUCGAGAAUUAAUCAACGAAGCGCUCACACAUCCAUCCCACACGGGUGCCGACGGUAAAAAUUACUUGAGACUCGCUUUUCUGGGGGAUGCGGUACUGGAUCUGUAUGCGGCCGAGAAGUUGUACACCGAGAACGAACAGAUGAACAACGGAGAAUUGACGGUCGAGAAGUCGAGAAUCGUUGCCAAUCAAUCCAUCGGAUUAUUUGCGACUUCAUAUCUGCCGUUUGUGAGGACCAAACUCGUAAUCACGAGAGAAUCGAAAAUAGCUGGCGACGUGAUAGAGGCACUAAUUGGGGCUUAUUAUCUACAAUUCGGGUAUGGCAAAACGGCUCAGUUUCUCGUUAGUCUAGGAGUGGGUCGUUAGUGAGUCUUCAUCCGCCACAGGCGUGCUUUCACAUCAGGCUUGGCGCUAGAUAUGUGGUCUUGCUAUCAUCCCCUUGUACUUAUUUGGUGCGCACACAAUGCUUCGGAUAUACGACUGUCUAUGCGUAUGCGUAUGACUGUAUAAGUGUAUGCUUAAUACGGGUUCGCUUUACGCCGCAAGACAAGCGCUGUGCGCUUAACGCCGUAAGACAAGCGCGUAUAUGGUUGCGCGCCAGUAUUUGGUUAUAGAUGCAAUUAACUGGAACACUCACAACUUUCGUCGGUAUUAUGCAAUGGGUAGCGGGAAACAAGCAAGAGUAUCUGCUUGUGCACUACAAUCUAGAGCUUGCGUAGGAAGUGCUCUUACGUGCUUUAUUGGUGUGCAUCUAGCCGAGGAUACACAGCCGUUUCAGAAAUCCUUCUUCAUGACGCGUCAUGAACGAUAUGGUGUAUGUGUCUUUAUACGCUUUUGUAAACUCCGUAUAAGGCUCACAUUAAACACGUCAACACUAACGGUUGAGCUGAGCGGUCGCUGAGCCGAUGUUCAAUGUUCUACAAAUAUAAUUGAGCGUUAUAUUGUGGAGUUUCGUAAAGUAGAGUAGGAACAUGAGAAUAUCAUGGACAGAACAGGCAGAGAUCUAACGACACUUAUUUAAUGAAGGAUAUAUGUCGCGGUGUCGCUUUCUCCAUUGCGGAGUGCGAUAUCUAAGAGUAUUAUGGUUCGAAUAUCAAUUCGUCCAAGGAGGGUCCGAACCGUGCCAAAUAAUAUACGAAUAAUACCGAGAGGGUGUCUAACGAAUGAAGUAAGAGUUGUAUUUAAACUUGACAAGGUGCUACUACUAUCUUUAUUAGUGACGCAUCCGACGACUGAAGAGGACAAAAUAAUAUUUUUUAUCCAAAUAAACGUCGGAAAUGAGAA